AGACUCGGUAGCUGUAAAUAAUUCAUUCAGUAAUAAUUCACAUCUUCAUUAGAAUGGAUUAGUUUAUUUAAAUUAAAUUAAAAAAAAAUCACAAUGAAGUUCUACUUGGUCUACAAAAAUAAUGGUCUAUACGACCCUAUGCUUGAUGACUCUGAAGAGUACGUCUACGUACCAACGGGACCAAAUGAGUUAGAUGAAGAAUCAAACGCUCAAACCCAAGAGCAAAAAGAUUCUGUAGACCAAGAAAACGGAUCUUCCAAACCAGAUAAACCUGAAAAAGAUGCUGACAAUCUGGAAGAUCUAUUAAAAUUAAAUUUAAAUUACAAAAAUGUCUUUCCCGAACUCAAUCUCGAAGAACUACCUCCACAAACCAAAUAUAAACUUCCUGUUUCUAAAUAUUACGACCCUGAGGGUAAAUUGGUUAAACAGCAAGAAGAAUAUUAUAAAUAUAGUAUAAUUGACUAUGAAAACAUUAGAUUAAAACUUGAUAAAGAGAAAAAAGAUACACAGAGUGCAGAAGUAUUUUAUAAAAAGGAUGUUUAUGAUGAAAGUAUGGUCGAGAAGAAGGAAGUUAGUGAAGAUAGUCAAAGUUUUAGUAUUUUGGAAGAAGAAAUUGAACUUCGAAAAAUUAAACAGACUGCUUUGCAAGUUAUAGAAGACAACAUAAGUAAAGCCAUUUCUAAGACUGAUCAAUUGAAAAAUAAAACAGAUAUUAGUAUACAAAAUAAGUAUCAACAACGUGAAGAGAAUGAUAGCUUAUCGAAAAUACUAAAACAGACAAUACAAACGGAAAGAAAGUUAUUCGAUGAAUCCAAUAAAGAAAAAGUUAAAUCAGAAACUAAAAGGGUUUCAUUUAAGGAUGAUUAUGAGGUACUUGAAACAGAAAUGUUAUCAGAUGAUGCAAGUAAAAGAGAUGUGCGAGUUUCUGAUGAAAUAAAAAAGUUUGAAAAAUUUGAUCUACCAAUGGACUCGAAAUUAAAUGUAGAAGAAAGGAAACUUUUAACUCGACUAGAUAUUGCAGAAUCUAUAGAAGCUGGAACUGUUCGUCAAAGAACUGGUAUAUUUAAGACAGAGACUGAUAAAAUAGUAACAAACAAAACUGAAAGAAAAGUUUUGGAAACUGCUAAACGUGAUAUCAAGACAAAUAUAGAGCUAACUAAACAAAAUGUUUAUAACAUUGGAUUCCAAGUAAUACCACGUGUCAGAAACGCUGUGCAAUUUUCACAGCAAAGUAAUUCAAUUUUGAAAAGAUUUCUUUUACAAAUGACCAAAGUGAUGGUAACGUUAUAUAGAUUCAUUCCAUUACAUAAAAGGUAUAAUUAUGCAAAAGUAAAAGAGUUUUAUGAAGUAAACAAACAAAACCGUGAAUACACUCAGAAAAUAGAUGUUAAUAAUGUAGCAUUCAGUAGAGAAACAUAUGCAGAUGGAGCUAAGGAAAUAAGAAAGCAAAGACUUUCUGGAGCUAAAAUUGCUCAAAUUGAGGGGUUAAAGCCAGCAGAACUCACAGAUAGGAUGAAUAUUGUCAUAUCAGAGUUUUUACGAAAAUCAGGAAAGGAAGAUCUAUCAGAGGAAGCGGAAUAUCAGCAAAGUCAAACAACGAGCUCAAAAAGUAGUACUAAAGAUGAGUUUAUGAGUUCAUCAUUUGAUAAAAGUCAAACAGAAGACGAAUUUAGAAAGUCUUCUUUUAAACAAAAUAUUUUUGAUAAACAACAAACAGGAGAAGAAUUUGUGAAGGGAUCUCCUUUCAGACAAAAAGCUUAUGAAAAAAGUGGCGAAUAUUUUGACGAUGCUUUAGGAAAAACAGCUUUUAGUAACAAAAAAAUGUUUGAAGAAACUUAUGAAACUCAAACCCGUUCAUUUGAAACUCGAGAAAUGAAAGAAGAAAAACGUAGUUCUGAAUCUAAAACGUCUAAAGUACAUUCAUAUGAUAAUGAAUUCACACAACAGGACAAUGUUCCUUUAACUUACAUUGCAAUAGUUGAAGCUCAUGUCUAUACGAACAAAAAUGCGAUUUUCGAAGAACAAAAGAGGCGAAUGUCCGAAAGCAUGAAAAAAUCAACGGAAUCCGAUGUUAUCUAUUAUAGAUGUGAAGUCUCAGUAUUUUACAGACAGUUUAGAGAACCGUCAUUACCACCAACUGUUGUCAUCGAAUCGAUAGAAGAAAUUCCAUCUGAGGCAGUAUUUGAAGAAGAAAAACAAGAAAUAUUACAGACAAGUUCUACUGUUUAUGAAGACGCAGCAAAGAAACUUGCUGUGCAAAAAAUAUCAGAGGUUAUAGAGCCUUUACUUGAUAUUAAAGAAGUUAAAUCUGUGACUAUCAAACAAGCUUAUCCAGCUGUCGAAAGGGCAGUAAAGGUAGCUAUUGAAACUUCAGAAAUAAAAGAAGAGGAAAAAAGCGGGUUCGUUGAAAUAUUUGAAACUGACGAACGUAAAUCACGAACAUUUGUAGAACCAACAACAAAAUCUAUUGCUGAAACUAAUGAAAUGUUUAUUGAGGAAGAAUCGGUUGGAAUGAUUGAUGUUCCUUUACCUAUUGCACAACUACCACAACCAGUAAAGGUCGAAAGACAAAUAAAAACUGUUGCUGAAACUAGCGAGGUUGUAAUCGAUGAAAGCAGUGUAGAAAUAGUAGAUACCUCUAAGACCACUAGUGCAAUACCACGAUACACAAUUGCAGACAAUCUACAUUCAAUCGCAGAGACUAUGAUCGCUAUCAUAGCAGAACCGAAAAGUGAAAGCUUAGAUGAGGUAAAAAUUACCCAAGAAAAGGUAAAAAUCGGAGUGGAUGAAAUGCGUGCAAGUGAAGUAUCCCAGGUUUACCCUCAGGAACCUGUCUGUGAAGAAUUAGUAAUGUCUAAAGUUCAAAGUAAAGAAGCUAAAGUUGAUAUUUAUGCGAAGGUUGUCGCUGAAAUAACUGAAGUAUCGGUCAGUGAAAAGGAACAAGAUAGUUUUGAUGUAGUAAAUAUUACUGCGCAAGAACCUGGACCAUUAAGAGAAGAAUCCGUAUUAUAUGUUGGUGAAACCGAAAUAGUUUUGCCAUUUGAACCGUCCACGGAACCAUUUGAUUUAAACAAAGUUAUUAGCCAACAAGCGUCUCUAGAAAUAAAGGAAUCGAAAGGAAUCGAAACAAUUAUAACCCAAGUUGAAGAACCUAAAGAAAAAAGCGUUGAGGCAUUAGAAUUUAAAGAAAAACAUACUCAACCUUUUAUUGAAGAUAAAUUUUUAGCUGCUGCCGAAACUUUAUCUGUUUUGCCCGAAGAACCAAGCGAAGCAAUUAAAGUAAAUGAAAAUGUGGAACAGCAUGCUAAUAUUGAAGUAGUGGAAUUGAAAACGGCAACAGUGACUUCUGUCACUGUUGAGGAACCAAAACAAGAAACCAUGAAAACACCCGAUAUUGUCGACCAAGAUCCAUCUACAGCUUUUGAAGCUUCGCUUUUAACUGUUGCUGAAAACACAAUAAUAACACCAGAAGGGCCCCAUCAUGGAUAUCUGGAAAUUCCAACUAAAGAAACAAUGCGACCCAAGACAUUAAUAGAGGGCGCUUUAACUGUGGCUGAAACUAUAGAAGUUGGGCCCACUAGUCCUGAAGGAGAUUUUAACAUUAUCGAAGUAUUAAAUCAUCAAGCUCGUGUAAGCAUUCUAGAAUCCAAAUCAAUCACAACUACGUUCGUUGAACCUCAAGAACCAAAAGAAAAGGAACUGGUUGUUCACCAAUUCAUAGAAAAUAAACCGCAUGUUAUGCUACAGGAUUCUACACUAACAAUACCGACAGCACAAGAAAUACUGCCUUGCGGACCCAAAGAUGACGAUCUUACAAUAAGUAAGCCUAUAGAAGAAAAAGCAACACUUGAUUUUGAAGAAAUAAAACCACUUUCAAUAAGUAUUGUAACACCUAAUGAGCCUCAUGAAAAAAGUUUGGAGGUCCUUCAAGUACAAAAAUAUGUAGUCGAGGAACCUAUAUUUGAAACCAUUAAUUUAUCAGCUGCUAAUACCACAAUGAUACUGUCGGAAGAAUCUAGUACAGCUUUUGAUGUAACUGAAGCAUCAAUCCAGCAAGCAAAAAUAAGUGUAGUCGAGCAAAAAGCGGCUGAAGCAACAGUUAUGCUCACACUAGAAUCAAGAGAAAAAGAUGUAAUCAUUCCAGAAAUAACCAAGAAAACACCUCAAACAUUGCUCGAAAGUCCUCUACUUACUGCUGCCCAUAUUUUUAUUACAGUUUCUGAAGAAAAGGUUGACGAAAUAGAAAGAGAUUUGUCCGUAUUUUCUAAAUCAAUCUCUAAAAUAGCAAAAGUAACAUAUGAAACAUGUCAAUCACUUAUUCUUACUGCAAUGACUGUUUAUGAGGAUGCUGUUAGUUUUGUUGGCAAAGCUUUAUUUAUGAGUAAUCAGGCUAAAGAAGUAACAGAAAAAUCUGCUGUGACAGCUAUUGCUAAUAUUACUUCUGUCACUGUUACUCUUGAUGAAGGAGUAGCAGCUUUAACAGUCGAGAUUAAAGAGAUUGAUAGUGCUUCUUCGACGAUUUCCUCUGCUCCAUCGUCACCUUUCAUUCAGGAGUAUGUAUUUGGUGUUGCUGGCCAUGAAUAUAGAGUACAAUCACCUCAAGAAACAUCAUUAGAUAUUAAACAGUCCCAGAAAGGAUUGUAUGGAUUCGAUAGCGCUGAUACAAGCUACACAUUAACAUUUGAAGCUGCAUAUGUGGAUGAAAAAGAAGUAUUUCACAUGGAGGAGUUCAGUGACAACAUUAAUAAAUUUUGGAUAUCUGAUGUGAAAACAAUGGAAACACUGGAAUCUUCUGAUGCUAGGUUGCACUUAACGAAUUUGAGCGUGAGUGCAAUUAGCGAUGCUCAAUCGAAAGUAUCUGUUCAGGAUUCUGCUGUAAUAGUUAAAAGCAGAUCUCAGUCAUUUGAUACAUCAGCCGAUUUUGAGGUAAGUUUACAGUCUGUAGAAGAAUUGAAAGUAUUAGAGGCUUCAGAUGUCCAAACAGCUGCUACUAUUAAUCUAAAGUCGGAAACAUCAUUUAAAACAGCAGAAAAUGUAGAGUCAAUGGCAAAGGUGAAUAUAAAAUCAAAAUCAGCUAAAUCAUAUUCCGAACAAAGCGUAGACGUUGCUUAUGGAUUAACUAUAGAAGACGAAAUUGAAGUAGAUAGUCAAGCUGUGGAACUAGAUAUGCAAGUAUCAGAUGCUAAAAUUGCAAAAUCCAGAAAAAGAAUGGUGAAAAAAUCGUCUAAAUUGACAGAAGCUGAUAUAGAAGCUAGUUAUAACUACGAAGCUGGAAUGAAUGUUGAAUCAAGGAGCAUUUCAAAAGAAAGUUAUGCAGCUGCAGAAAGCAGUGUUUCCCAAUCUAAAUAUUUAGCAAUGCAAGGAAUACAUGAAUCUAGUACAGUUUCUGAAGAAUUUUCAUCAGUCGAAAGCAGCCUACAAUCAACCAGAGGUUCUGAAUCAAACUUAGCUAUGUCAGAGAAAGUUAUGCAAGCAAAAUUAGAAUCGAGCAGCAUUUCUCAGAGUAGUGCUAUGUCAAUUGAAGCAAGUAAUUUAUCUACAGAGAGCUAUGCAACUGAAGUAGGUAUUUCUGAAGUUUCAUCAAAGCAAGCAAAACAGACAAUGGCAGUCGAAAAAAGUUUAAGUAAAACUCAAGUAGGCGCUAAAAUAGGCAGUCAAUUAUCCUUAGAGGCAGGUUUUAAGACCAUAGAAUGUAUAGCUGAUGGUGUAAGGUCCCCAUCACCAGAAGACAUACCUUCUCCGCAAAGAGAUGAAUAUAUAUUCAGACUGCUUACUGAAGAACCUGAAGAAACCACCUUCAUACCUCGUGACUGCUCAUUCACUCCAGAAAGUGUUCACGAGGAACCAAUAAUCCCAGUAAAGGGUAUGAUACCUCACAUUGAUACGAAGUUUGUGAGGAUUCUUUACAGUCCACCUUUGGAUACUCCACCAGCAUCCCAGUGGAAGAAGGAACCCGUUUUCACUAAGCCCGGUUUGAAAGGUGGAUCCGAAACUCCAGAAUUCACUAAGGAGGAGAUUCUGGAAAUUGGUAGGAAAUCGGCUCUCCUUGCUUCAGCAAUAGACAAAACUAUCCGAAGCAUUGAAGAGUACAAAGAAUCUGUGGGAAUUAGUGAUAAAAAAGAGAAAGACACGAAAGAAGAAAGAAACAUAGACGAAGAAAAUGAUUUAUUAAAGAGUAUAGAUUCAGAAGGAGAGAAAGAUGAAGAAACUGAUCACUUAACUAAAUUAGAUGUUAGAAAAAAAGAUAAAGGCAAACCACUAAAAAGUAUAUUGUCUAAGUUUAUGAAUAGAGAAGAACCCAUUAUGGAGGGGAAGAGUAUAGCAUCGGAGAUUUUGAAAAAUGUCGAAACAAUGGUCGACCCCGCUGCGCCAGUGGAGCAGCAGUUGGCACAGAUGCGCGCGCAGAUGGCAGCACUGGCAGAAUUGCCCAGCCUCAUCAACCAAAAGCUGGAGUCCGUCAACCAACAGAUCUGUCAGAUCAGUAUGAAGGAAUCCAAAAAAACGGAGGUUAUCCAAGAGAAGAAAACCGAAAUUGUCGAUAUUAAAGAACACACUGAAGAAACCGCGACAAGACAGAAUAGUGAAGUCGUUGAAGCGAAAAUGCGUACUGAAGAAACCGCGGCAACACAGAAUAAUGCAGUUGAAGUGAAAAAACGUACUGAAGGUAGGAGAGUUCCAAUCGCCGCCAGCCUGAGGCGAAGCCCGCAACGAAUGAGACGAGCACAAACCGCCUAUCAACACUUCCAACAGCAGUAUCAACCAAAAUUUAAACAAGAAGAGAGAGUGAGUCAGAAGAAUUCAGUAGAAAUAACAGAGAUGGGGAACCGAGAUAGCCAUGGAGAAGGCAUACAGAUUAGAGUGACAAAACCGAGUCUUACCGGAGAAGAACUUGAUGUUGAGAAAAGAGAAGAAUUGAGAAGAUCAUUGGAAGACUUGAGAAUGAGGAAGUCAGUCAGUCCAGCGAAAGACCAGUUUGACCCUGCAAAUCCUCUCCAAGGGAACCUGUGGAGACCAAGACCUGCGCCCAUGAAGCCUGAACCAGCAUUCGGAACUGGAGACGUCAGACCCAUCUACUUGCCGUCAAAGAAGAUGAAGCUCCCAGACUAUGAUGAAGAGCAAAUCACGGAAACCCUGGUGGGGCAAGCUGAGGUUAUUAAAGGGAAAGUUUUGGGGGUGAAUUUCAAGAAGUUUGUCAAACCGCCAGUUAGUCUGGACCAUUUGAAACACUCUGAGGUGUACCGUCUAGUCCAUAACUUAGACGAUGAACCAAAGAAGCAGAUAGAUAUGAUGCGACCGGUUGCCUUCGCGGCGUCAGAGAUUAGAGAGCUGGAAGUUCUAGUGGAUUUUAGUGGUCAAGGUGACUCGCAAUUGGUAGAGAAAACACUUGUCCAUCUCAAAUCUCAAGAUGGUGUUACUCAGGCUAUAUACAAAGACGGUGCAGUGGUGGUGGAGACAACGUUACCCAGUUCUGUAGUGUUGGAUAUGGUGCAGAAGACGUCGGGGAAGAGAGCCGUCUUGCAGGGGUUUGGAGAGAGCCAAUCAGCGGUCGCCAUGAUAUCGUCCCAGUCGUGCUGCAAGAGCAAGGUGUUGGGCGUGAUCAGGUUCCAGCAGUCCAGCGCUGGGCCGCUGGUGGGAGACGGCAGCGUUCACGGGCUGGCGCCUGGAGCGCACGGCUUGCACGUGCGACACACGGGCGACCUUAGCAUGGGUUGCGAGUCUAUAGGGGAGCAUUACAACCCCUACAACGCACCCCACGGGGGUCCAAACGACCCCGCGGACAGGCGACACGCGGGUGACCUGGGCAACAUAGUCGCUGAUGAAGAAGGCAGAGCUACCUUUAGAAUUGUGGAUAAUAUAUUGAAAAUACAUGAAAUAGUGGGCCGGUCGAUAGCAGUCACCGAGCGCGCGGAUGACUUGGGUGUGGGUUCGAGUCCGGCCUCGAAAAUUGACGGAGACUCUGGGAAAGCUGUGGCAUGCGGGAUUAUAGCUCGAUCUGCGGGUGUAUUCCAGAACCCGAAGCGUAUAUGUGCGUGCGACGGCGUCGUGGUGUGGGACGAGCGCGACCGGCCGCUCGCGGGCAAGGGCCGGACUAGCGAGGGUGUGGGCCGGACUAGCGAGAGCAGACAGUGUGCGACGGGCUGCUGCAAGAUAUAAGUUGUUUUGUUUGUAUUGUUUAUAAGUUUGUUAUGUUGAAAUAAAUUAUGUUAUAUUAAA